CUUUGUAGCCACAUAGCAUAAUGCCAGUUUCAGAUAGACUGGCUCAAUAUAUGUGGUAAGCCUAUUCUCCCUUACUACACUCAACAGGAUUAAUUUCAUCAAUGCAUUAAGAUUAAAAAUAGCCAUGCAAACUGCAUGGCAAAGGCUACUUUGUAAGGAUUUAUUCUGGAAAGCUCAAGUUUACAUCAGGGUUAAGCCAUGGGUGACUGGUCCAUACUUGGUCGCUUCCUGUCUGAAGUCCAAAACCACUCUACAGUGAUAGGCAAGAUCUGGCUCACCAUGCUGCUUAUUUUCCGUAUCCUGCUGGUGGCCUUGGUGGGUGACGCUGUCUACAGCGACGAGCAGUCCAAGUUUACCUGUAACACCCAGCAGCCUGGAUGCAACAACGUAUGUUACGACACCUUUGCUCCUGUUUCACAUCUACGGUUCUGGGUCUUCCAAAUUGUGCUGGUCUCUACCCCAUCCAUCUUCUACAUAGUUUUUGUUCUGCAUAAGAUUGCCAAGGAUGAGAAGCUGGAUGGCCAAAGGGCACAGGUGGUAGCCCAGAAGCCUCCCAGACAGAGAUGUGGGCACCUGGGAAAGAAUGGCACGGAGGCCCUGAGGGUUGACAUGCCCACCUACUGUCGUCAUUACAGAGAGGAAUGGAAUGCGAGGGAGAGGGAAGAAGUAGAACAAAGCUCUCUGGAGGAGGAUUAUCGUGAGGUAGGAGAAGACCCCACCCAACAGUCCAACCAGGUUCUGCUCAUAUACAUUCUUCAUGUGUUACUACGAUCUGUUAUGGAGAUCACCUUCCUGGUGGGCCAGUACUUCUUGUUUGGGUUUGAGGUGCCUCACCUGUACCGCUGUGAGACCUACCCUUGCCCUACUCGUACGGACUGCUUUGUGUCACGUGCCACUGAGAAAACCAUCUUCUUGAACUUCAUGUUCAGCAUCAGCCUGGGUUGCUUCGUGCUCAACAUCGCAGAGCUCCAUUACCUGGGCUGGGUCUACAUUUUCCGCAUCCUCUGCUCAGCUUGCUCAACCUGCUGCAGUCAGGAGAGGGACACCGUCAGACUGUACUCAAACCACAACCCCCUCCUGCUGCAGCUCAGGCAUUCUCUGAGGGGUCAGCUGGUUCUGCAGACUCCAGCAGCUAUGGGCCCAGAGAAGACUGGGGGUCUGCUCACACAUGCCCCGGCUAUCUCCUUUGAGACAGACUCAACUGUGGAAUGCACCUCUAAGAGGAGCCCAGAGAGCAGAGACAAAGUAAAGGUCAAGCUGGCCAACAUGGCCAGGCUGGGACGUACUAAGAAGUCUUGGCUAUGAGAGUGAUAUUUUUCUGUAAUGCCAUUCAAUUUAGUAAAACAGACUGAGAUGGUAACCUUUAAGCCUGAA